AUGGCUUCCAAAAUCGACUGCCGCAAGAAAGUCGUGAGGCAGCAUCGCCAACCAAGGCCGCUGCAGACGCUCUCCAAAGUCUUCUCCGCAGAUGUCUUGGCUGCGGCUUCCGUGGGCGCAUUGAGGUGGUGGAAUCAGGCUUUCUCCAUUCUCCAUGUGCUUCAGGCCAAUGAUGGUACGAAGCUCUCAGGCUCUAUGUCCUGCACUGUCGACGCGGCAUGUCCGAGCGUGGGCUGUAGCAAUUUCAUCCAGCAAGAGCUUGUGCGCAUAGGCCAACAAGCGUCUGUAAGUGCACGCUCUGCCAGUUUAGUUGGCCGAAAGAAGCUUGGUGGUAUUAGAGAGGUUCUUCGCUGGGAGUGUUUGCAGCAGCUUGCAGAAAGCGAUUCUGCAAGGCCGUAG